UGGGUGCGUCCCGCGAGCUCGGGAAGCCGAGUGGAGUGAGUCGCCGGGGCCGCGCCGCUGUGCGAGAGGCUGCUGAUGCUCGCGCGCCACGCUAGCCUGCGCGAGCGCCGUCGUCGUGUUUUGUUUUCGCGCACCUAGGGACUGUUUGGGUUUUGUUUUGUUUUGUUCCCCCCUCAGAUCGAUCAAGGUGAUAAAAAAAAAAAAAAAGAAAAGAACCAAAAUGCGACGGAAAUGGCAGAACUCCACCUUCUGAGACACCCAAAUAACAGAUUAAGUGCAGUUUUUAUACAGUGCUAAUUGAAAAACUUCCAAAAGACUCAACUAUGCAGAAAGACAUCAUCAAAGCAGAUAGAGGUGACAUACGAGUAAACUCAUUUUUUGACCAAAGUUUUUUACCCCCACUUAUUACUGAGUAUGAGAAACAACUGGAAAAGCUAAAUGCACAGCUGAAAAAUUAUCAGAAAUGCAUGGGUGAGAUGAAACUACACUUUGAAAAUCUCAUCAGAGAAAAUGAAAGGUUGCACAGUGAAUUAAAAGAUACUGUUGAAAAGCAACUGGAGGCCCUUCCCUUUGAAACAGAGCUAGGUCAUGAUAUAUACUCAGAUGAUGAAACAGUCAAGAACUUUCAACAACAGCUGCAACUAGUCAAUCAAGAAAAAACUUGGACGAUGGAACUAUGGCAGACUGCUUCUCAGGAGUUAGAAAGGAUGCAGAAACUUUAUCAGGAACAUAUGACUGAAGUCCAGCUUCAUGUAUUUGAAAGCCAAAAGCAAAAGGAUCAGCUGAACAAUUUUCAUCAACUGACCAAAAAGCUUCAUGUUGCUAAUGAAAACAUAGAAAUAACUAACCAACACUUUCUGAAAAUAGUAACUGAACAAAAUGUGGAGAUUGAGCAACUCCGAGAACAUCUUAGGCAAGCCAAGUUAGAUCUGAGAGUUGCAGUAACCAAAGUAGAAGAGUUAACUAGAGUGACUGAAGAUCUUCAUGGUCAGAUGCUAAAGAAGGAGGAGGAUAUUGUAUCUGCCCAAGGAAAAGAGGAAGCAUCAGAUAAGCGCUUACAACAGUUGCAGUCUAGUAUAAAACAAUUAGAAAGAAGAUUAUGUGCAGCACUUGAUGAAGUCAGCCUGUUAAGAACUCAGAAAACACAUCUGGAGAAACAGACCAUGGAGCUACAUGCAAAGUACAGUGUAACAGAAAAAGAGAAGUACGAGGCUAUUGCAAGAGCCAGAGAUAGCAUGCAACUCUUAGAAGAAGCUAACCUUAAAAAAAAUCAGUCCUUUACCACAGUGUACCCUGGAUUUUGUCCAGUUGAAUCAGAAGACUCUUGUUCGAAGUCAACAGAAGCUGAGCUCCCAGAGGUUCUGCUUGAAGAAAAACAAAAAGAAGAAGACAGAGAGAAAAUGAAAAAAACAAUUUCUCAGCUUCUUCAAGAUGCCUCCAUAAAAGCCAGAAAAGAAGUUGAAAGCACUAAAAAACAGUAUGAGGUACUGAUUUCUCAAUUAAGGGAAGAACUUUCAGCCCUUCAAAUGGAGUGUGAUGAAAAACAAGACCAAAUUGAUCGAGCGAUUAGAGGAAAAAAAACUGUGGAAGAAGAACUAGAAAAGAUUUACAGGGAAGGCAAACAGGAUGAAGGUGAUUACAGAAAAUUUGAAGAAAUGCACCAAAGAUGUCUUGCUGCAGAGCGUUCAAAGGAUGAUCUUCAGCUGAGACUUCAGAGUGCAGAAAAUAAAAUAAAACAACUUGAAAUUAAUUCCUCAGAGGAGAUACUGCGUUCCCAUGAAAUGAUUCAGAAGCUUCAAACUGUACUGGAGUCUGAGAGAGAGAACUGUGGCUUUGUCAGUGAGCAAAGACUGAAGCUUCAACAAGAAAAUGAACACUUACAGAAAGAGACUGAGGAUUUAAGAAAAAUUGCUGUGGAGGCUCAAAAGAAAGCAAAAUUAAAGAUCAGUACCAUGGAGCAGGAAUUUUCAAUCAAGGAACAUGGGUUUGAAGUUCAGUUGAGAGAGAUGGAAGAUAGUAAUCGAAAUUCCAUUAUUGAACUGAGGCAUCUUUUAGCCACUCAACAGAAGACAGCCAACAGAUGGAAAGAAGAAACAAAGAAACUUACUGAAAGUGCAGAAGUUAGGAUCAGCAAUCUAAAGAGUGAGCUGAAUCGACAGAAACUUCAUACCCAAGAACUUCUUUCUCAGCUCGAAAUGGCAAACGAAAAGGUCGUUGAGAAUGAAAAGUUAAUUCUGGAACAUCAAGAAAAAGCCAACAGACUUCAAAGGCGUCUAAGUCAGGCAGAAGAGAGAGCUGCUUCAGCAUCCCAGCAGCUCAGUGUGAUUACAGUGCAGAGAAGAAAAGCAACCUCCAUGAUGAAUCUGGAAAAUAUUUAAAAAUAUUCAUAGUUCACUGACAGACUGUAGAGUUAAGAAAGCUGUUGGACUAGAAGUAUAUUGAAAUGGUGAAGCCUGCAGAGAGUGGUGAAGGCUUGUGUCAUUUUGCAUAAGCAUUUUCCAUUCUCUUUUGAGGAUUAUUGGGAAACAGAACAGUGACAGCUUCCUGUAAGUAAAAAAGAAAAAAAUAUAUAAUUCUAUGUCUGAGCUUCUGUGGAGAAUAAAACCAGCUGAGAAGAA